AUGCUCGCAACAAGACAUCCUGAAGGUGUUCUUUCAGUUACCAUAUAUGAAGCCAAGGAUCUCAAGGAUCAAGAUAUGAUUGGGAAGAAUGAUCCCUUCAUUGAGCUGUGGGUGGAUGAGAAUCAUAAGCAACGUACGAGCGAGGCCAAGAAUACCAACAAUCCCGUUUACAACGAGACGUUUGCUUUCACUGUUCGGCAAGGGGUCAAGCACAAGCUUUAUUUGAAGGUCAAAGACAAGGAUAUUCUUGGCACGGACAAGAUUGGUGAAGCUAAAAUCGAUCUUCAAGAUGUCUUCAAUGGCAGUGUCUUUGAUGAUUGGAUCAACUUGCCUGCCAUGCUAGGGCUCUCCAGCCACGGCAAAGUCCAUCUUCGAGUCGAAUUUGUACCUACGGAGGAACUACCCACCACCACCACCACAAAAGCUUAG